CUAAUAUCCCCAAAAGAAGAACAAAUAUACUUUCACGGAAUUAGAGAGGUUUUUCAGUAGCGUGACUUCACUCUCUUCCCCCCCGCCGAAAUCAGAGCAUCCAAUUUUCACUCAAAAAUUAGGUUUUCUGGUUUCUUUUCACAUUCUCACAAGCAUUCAACAACAAAAUCCGCCAUUUCUCAACUUCCUUCGAUUUUCUCCAUUUUCUGCACAAAAUCUCUCUCUUCAAUCAGUGGAAUCUUGAAGGAUAAGAUUGAUCGAUGUCGAAUCCACUCGCCGGAAAAUUUGGUUACGCCGGCGGUAUGCCGGAGAGAAAAGUUCGUCCUGUAUGGGAUGCGAUUGAUACUCGACAGUACAAAAAUGCGCUGAAACUUGCGUCUUCUCUUCUCACGAAGUAUCCUAAACAACCUUAUGCUAUGGCACUAAAGGCUCUUAUCUUGGAAAGAAUGGGGAAACAUGAGGAGGCUCUCUCUAUCUGUUUGGAAGCAAACGAAUUGUUGCAUAAUAAUGUGACAUUGUUAGUGGACGAUCUUACGCUCAGCACAUUGCAGAUGGUCUUUCAAAGACUUGACCGAUUGGAUCUGGCUACCAGCUUGUACGAUUAUGCCUGUGGCAGAAUUCCAAAUAAUCUGGACUUGAUGAUGGGACUUUUCAACUGUUACGUUCGUGAAUAUGCAUAUGUGAAACAGCAACAGACAGCUAUUAAAAUGUACAAGCUUGCCGGUGAAGAGAGGUUCUUGCUCUGGGCAGUAUGUAGCAUACAGUUGCAGGUUAGUUGUGGCCAAGGGGGAGAGAAGCUGUUAGGUUUAGCUGAGGGCUUAAUUAAAAAGCACAUUGCUGCUCAUAGUUUGCAUGAACCAGAAGCUCUUAUAGUGUACAUUUCUGUGCUGGAACAGCAAGGCAAAUAUGAGGAUGCUUUAGAGGUCCUAUCGGGAGAAUUAGGAUCCCUGAUUCAGAUUGAGGUUGACCGGCUACGCUUGCAGGGUAGACUUCUUGCUCAUUUAGGUGAUAAUGCUGCUGCUGCCAGUACGUUUCAGAAAAUCCUAGAGUCAUGUCCCUGUGACUGGGAGUGUUUCCUACAUUAUCUAGGCUGUUUGCUGGAGGAUGACCAAAGUUGGCACAAUGGGGUAACUAGUGAACCAAGGUCUCCACCAAAAUUGGUGAAUAAGCUUCCUCAUUUAACAGAUGAUGUGUUCAAUUCUCGUAUCCAAGAUGCAUCAACCUUUGCAAGAAAGUUACACACAGAAGUUAAUAGUGAUUUUAAAAGGGGCCCAUCUCUUGCUUAUCUUGAAAUUCAGAGGAGGAAAAUUUUACAUGGCAUUGGUGAUAAGGAGAAACUUAUUAAUGCCUUAGUGCACUACUUCUGCAGUUUCGGCUACUUAGCGUGCUUCUGCUCUGAUAUUGAAGUGUUUCUGGACUUCUUAACUCCUGAUGAGAAAUUGAGCUUGCUGGAAAAGCUGAAGGAGAGCUCUGGAUCUAUGUGCAUGUUACCUACAAAAUCUCUGGGUCUGGCAAUUAGUCUUCAGAGGACACAGUUGCAUAUUGGCGUCACCUACAAGCUCUCUGAUGCAGAACUUGAGAGUUUGGCAGUAAAGAUGGUCAACAUGUAUCGUGAAAACCUUCCUCUUUCAAAGGACUUGGAUCCUCAAGAGAGUAUGCAUGGCGAAGAGCUUCUGCACAUGGCUUCCAAUAUGUUGGUCCAAUUGUAUUGGCGAACUGGACAUGUUGGGUAUUUGUUAGAGACCAUUAUGAUGCUGGAACUGGGAUUAAAUAUCAGGAGGUUUGUAUCACAGUACAAGAUAAUAUUGCUGCACCUGUACUCUCAUUUCGGUGCCCUUCCAGUAGCUUAUGAAUGGUAUCGUACUCUGGACGUGAAAAAUAUCCUUUUGGAGACCAUGUCACACCAAAUUUUGCCACAGAUGUUGUUAUCUCCUCUUUGGGAAGAUUUGGAUGAUCUUUUGGAUGACUACCUGACGUUCAUGGAUAACUAUCUCAAGGAUUCAGCAGAUCUCACAUUUCUUGCUUAUCGACAUCGUAAUUAUUCCAAAGUGAUUGAGUUUGUGCAAUUCAAAGAGCGAUUGCAACACUCUAACCAAUAUUUGGUUGCACGACUUGAAUCAUCCAUUCUAAAACUGAAGGAGAAAGCUGAUAACCUUGAGGAGGUCGAGGGUGUUUUUGAUAGCUUGAAAUGCGGAACUCAAGUUCUUGAGCUUGCAAGUGAUACUUUGUGUAAAUCAUUGACAUUCAAUGAAGAAUUUCAGUUAAGGCCUUGGUGGACCCCAACUCCCCAAAAGAAUUAUCUGUUAGGACCAUUUGAAGAACUCAAUCAUCCUAAGGAAAAUUUGGAUGAUAGAAAAGAAUGGGAGACAAAUGUGCGAGACAUUGUUGAGAAGAGAUAUCGUCUUCCUCGGAUGGUCUAUCUGUCUGUGCAGUGCGUCUCAGCUUCUAUCAAGGAGAACCUAGAAGUUAACGGGUCUAUAUCCAAUUCUAGCUUUUCUUUGGAGAUGAAAUCGUUGCUAGAGGGCUACGUGAAGAUCCUCGGCUGCUCCCUUAAUGAGGCUGUAAAAGUUGUGCUUGAUGUUGCGGAGGGUCAAAGAUCUUUGGAGCAGGCUUUGGGCUCAGAGUUGAUAGAAUGGGUGAACUUUGCUGUGUUCCUUAACGCGUGGAGCUCGAGUUCUCAUGAAUCUGUGCUUCCAGUGGGUGGAGAGAGUACAUCUCUUUGGCAUGCAGUAAAUUCUUUGUUAAACAAGUGUAUAACAGAGAAAGUCAAAAUAACCAGACCCAUGGUUUGGUCUCCGGGAGGCAAUUUGCCAGUUCUGAUGCAACUGAUUGGAGAACCUGUGGCAUGGCAUUCUCUCGUACUCCAGUCUUAUGUUCGCUCAUCCCUUCCUUGUGGCAAGAAGAAAAAGAAAAGUGGACCUGCAGACAGCUCAACUUCUAUAAUAUGUCAGACAAUUCGGGAUUCAGUAUCAUCCUUACAUAGCAUUGUAGAAAUGGUUGUAAAUUGGCUGAAUGAAGAAGUCAAGAAAGAGGAUGAAGCCAUGGACCAGUUGCUUUCCUCCCUCACACGGGGCCCAAAUGAAGGUCCGGGACAGGUAUUCCAGGCUCUUAAAGAUAUAGUCUCGGCUGCUGAUGAAGGAGCACUGGGUGAUCGAAUCUUCCAGUCAAUCAAGUCCUGGAGUCCUGCAGAUGUUGCUAGGAUGACUGUAAACGGCCAGCAUAAGGUGAUGUUAGAUUUUUUGCAAAUAUGCGAGUCGAAGCUUAAAAUGUUGAAGGCGUUAAAGCAGCAAAUAUAAGGUUUGCCUGUCACCUUUGAGCAUUGAUCCUCCUGCCUUCAUUCUUUCAUUGCUUACAAAAAGAACUUCAUGAUCCAGGCGGCGAGUGUGUGUUUUCCUUUUUCCCUUUUUUCUCCUGAUACAAGUUUUCCACUCUAAUUCAAAUAUUUUUCUUGAUCGGAAUUUCCCGAGCUUUAACCUUGUACAUUAAACAAAUAGGAAUCGUCUCUCUUUAGUUCAUACCGACACCCCUCCCAGGGAAAAAGAUAAACAAAUAGGCUUGUGUAACUUGUCAUUUUUGAGAUGAGUUUUGUUGAUAAUAAUUUUUUUCAAAAAUUA